AUGAGCGCGACCAUUCCCAAGAAAAGACUACCCAACACUCCCGCAGCCGGCACAGCGUAUCCAUUCGCGGUGUUGCCAGCUGCACCGGUUGCAGAUGCAGAGGCACUGCUCGCCGCUGAUGAAGCAGAGGAUGCAAUGCUGCUAGCAGAGUUGGAGGCCGACGUCAAAAAGGAGGACGCUGCCGAGGUGGCACUGUUCACAAGGCUGUUUUCUGCAGAGCUCGCACUGGCCAGAAGACUGCUGAUUUCGCUUGAGAGGCUGCUCUGUGCAGAGGGGCCAGCAGUGGCUGCCACGGAUGAGAGACUGGAGACUUUGGAGGAUGCGGCCGCUGAGAUGGAAGAAGCCUCGGAUUCGACGACGGAGACGAGCGAUUGGACGUCGGUAGGGAUACUGCUGGCGAGAGAUGACGCAAGUGAUGCUGCCGAAGUGACGGCUGAGCCGGCGACCGACGUAGCACUACCCGCAGCUGAAGUCGCCUCGCUGGCGACGGAGGUGGCAAUUGAAAUGAUUGAGUUGAUGGCCGAGCUAAGGUCUGAUUGA